UGCCAGGUGUUGUGCUCAUAUCCGAGUCCUCCAUGAAGAGAGCAGGGCAAAUGGCCCUCGACGCGACUCUUUGCACAUCGCCCUGCACGAUUCGAAUUCAGCUCCGGCCUCCCGCUUCCCCAAUUAUGGGAGCCCUUGCCCAGUCUUUUCUAGCACCGACGUUUGCAUGCGACAUUGGCGAGACCGACCCCAGUGAACCAGUGCAUACCGAGGUCGGUUCAGUCUGGCAGCGAUUUGUUUUGGCGGCUCAGUUGCCGAGUGGUUUACCGGGAAACCGGGAUCUUAUCUUCCCUAAAGACGGCUCACUGAAGGGGGUCGAAGUCCCUCCGUCGCCUUGUUUGAAGGCUACCGGAACUUACCCGCCGAUCACGAUCCGAAUGGAGAGACUUUUAGGGUCAUUGUUAUGCUUGUUACAAUUCGUCUUUUUUGUUGCAUCAGAACAGACAUUGUGUCUGAAUGGCAAGGCGGUAGCUUCUCUGGACGUAUCUCACAGAGUUACGCUAAUGAAUGAGCAAGGAGAACUUUUAAAAUCACAAGGAGGGCAAUGCUAUUGUCAGGAGGCCGCAGAUCAGCAAGUAUACUUAGCAUGUGAAGAGAAUCAAUGGCCAACUAUCGCCCAGCAACCACCAGAUAGACCUAUGAUGUGUGCAAAAGGGAGAAGCGAUGAGGGUAAAGCAGUAUGUCCAACAGGUUAUUCACCGGCUUUUCUUAACUUGGUCAAAGGCUAUGAUCUGGUCGCAGCCAAUCGGGGCACUCAACAGGUAUCUGUUUGUGACAAGAAAACAUUCACGAAAGUCGGCAGUAUGGAGGCAGACCUAUUUCGAAGAUCUUCUGGGGUGGAUAACACUUUGUACGCGGACGUGAAAGGCUGUUCUUGCCAGGCCGGUAGCGACAAACAGCUUCAAUUCAAAUGCAAGCCCUGGCCGACUUCUCUGUCUGUAAGCUACCAAGAAAAUGAUCCCAAUCUGAUCUGUGUCAACGGAAUUAGUUGUCCCAAACCCAGAUAG